AUCGCUUUUACCAGUGAUGGCAGAAUGAUUGACAUCCGGCCAAGAUUUUGUGUUUCAGCAAGAUGGUGCAGCGUGCCGUCCCUCAAAAAAGGCUAUAAAAUGGAUGGAAGAAAAUAAUGUACCACUUUUGAAAUGGGUUUCUAGCAGUCCAGGUCUGUCACUUAUUGAAUCUUUGUGGCACGAGAUGAAACAGUUUCUACGACAACAUACUGCUCGUACAAUCACCGAACUGAGACAAAAGCUUCAAGAAAUAUGAGAUUGUCUUAUACCAAAUGUUUUCCAAAACUUGGUUAACACUAUGCCCCAAAGAAUUUCAGCCGUCAAAGUGAUUUCAAAUAUGUAUUUUUUAC